AUGUCCACCGCCGGUGGUGCGAAGAAGAUGCUAGUAAGCGACCUGGCAUCCAGUGCCACUCACGUCCCCUUAAACUACAUUCGACCCGUUUCGGAGCGUCCUAAUCUCACAAACAUUCAAAGCACUACUACUGCUGAUGCUUCGAUUCCACUCAUAGAUCUUGAGGAUCUCCACGGUCCUAGCUUCCGCUCUCACAUAAUCGCACAGAUUGGUCAAGCCUGCCAAGAAGAUGAUUUCUUCCAGAUUAAGAACCAUGGAGUACCGGAGACGACGAUCGGAAAGGCGAUGCGGAUGGCGAGAGAAUUCUUCAGGCUGCCUGAAAGCGAGAGGUUGAAGAACUACUCCGACGACCCUUCAAAGUCCACGAGGCUGUCCACGAGUUUCAGCGUGAAAACCGAGCAGGUGUCCAACUGGAGAGAAUUCCUGAGACUCCACUGUUACCCUCUCCAUGACUACGUGCACGAGUGGCCAACAAAUCCUCUAUCUUUCAGGGAGGAGGUAGCCGAGUAUUGCAGCAGCGUGAGGGGACUGGUUCUGAGGCUGCUUGAAGCCAUAUCGGAGAGCCUGGGCCUGCCUGGAGAUCAAAUAAGUAACCAAUUGGGCAAGCAUGCCCAGCACAUGGCUAUGAAUUAUUACCCUCCAUGUCCCCAACCGGAGCUUACUUACGGGUUGCCGAGCCAUACGGAUCCAAACUUAAUUACAAUCCUUCUUCAAGAUGACAUCCCCGGCUUGCAGGUCCUCCAGCAAGGAAAAUGGGUCGCCGUAAAUCCUAUUCCCAACACAUUCAUCGUUAACAUCGGAGAUCAAAUGCAGGUUCUGAGCAAUGAUCGUUACAAAAGCGUGCUGCAUCGAGCUUUGAUGAACGAGAAGAAGGAACGAAUUUCAAUUCCGACGUUCUACUGCCCAUCUCCGGACGCUGUGAUUGGUCCCACUUCAGAGUUGAUCGAUGAGAACCACCCCGCGGUUUAUAAGAGAUUCACUUACCAGGAAUACUAUCAUAAGUUUUGGAAUAGCGGUCUUUUCACCGAGUCCUGCCUCGACUUGUUCAAAGCCUCUUAUCUUUCCAGGCUCUAACUGAGAUUUGGACUUGUUCAAAGUCUACCGGAUUGCAUUUUCUUUAUUGUUUUUAAAGUUAUUUUUAGUUUUUGAUUUUUAAAAUAACACGAGACACACAACAGUUUGUGUGGAUGCGCGUUCCGCGGUGCGUUUGUUUCCUGAUUUGAUUUCCGAAUUUGGAAGCCAAGCCAAACUGAUGUCGUAGCUGACAUAUACAGUUCGUUCUCGUAUAAAAUGACGCCACCUUGAUUGGUAAUAGUUCAUCUCAAAUGACGCAACUUUAAUUGCCCUAUUAGCUGGCCUCCUUGACACGGAUAGUUCGUUUUCGUAUGAAAUGACGCCACCUUGAUUAGCUAAUAGGUCAUGAUGUUCAUCUCAAAUGAGGCAACUUUAAUUGCCCUAUUAGCUGGCCUCCUUGUCAU